AUGACGCCAGAGAGGACGCCAGAGAGGACGCCAAAGGACGCCAUAAAGGACGCCAGAGAUGACGCCAGAGAGGACGCCAGAGAGGACGCCAUAAAGGACGCCAGAGAGGACGCCAGAGAGGACGCCAUAAAGGACGCCAGAGAGGACGCCAGAGAGGACGCCAGAGAGAACGCCAUAAAGGACGCCAGAGAGGACGCCAGAGAGGACGCCAGAAAGGACGCCAGAGAGGACGCCAUAAAGGACUCCACAGAGGACGCCAGAGAGGACGCCAGAGAGGACGCCAGAGAGGACGCCAUAAAGGACGCCAGAGAGGACGCCAGAGAGGACGCCAGAGAGGACGCCAUAAAGGACGCCAGAGAGGACGCCAGAGAGGACGCCAGAGAGGACGCCAUAGAGGACGCCAGAGAGGACGCCAGAGAGGACGCCAGAGAGGACGCCAGAGAGGACGCCAUAAAGGACGCCAGAGAGGACGCCAGAGAGGACGUCAUAAAGGACGCCAGAGAGGACGCCAUAAAGGACGCCAGAGAGGACGCCAGAGAGGACGCCAGAGAGGACGCCAGACGCCAGAGAGGACGCCAGAGAGGACGCCAGAGAGGACGCCAGACGCCAACGACCACAACACGACCCAAAGCCCACGACCAGCAGCAGCAACAGCCUGAUGGCUCCAGCUUACUCACGCACUAUGGCUCAAUUUCCCGCGUAUUGUGCGUGAGGUAG